AUGGUUCAGUUACAGCGUCUGAGCCUCCUGGCCGUGGUACCCAGUCUCCUUUCCGUGGCUGCUGCCAUUGAGUAUGAUGUUCUCAUCGUUGGCGGAGGUUCUAGCGGCACCCACGCAGCCAUCCGGUUGCAGCAAUUAGGAAAAUCAGUUGCUCUCGUCGAGAAGGAAUGCCGGAUAGGCGGACACACCAACACAUACAAGGACAAUGCGACGGGCACUACUUUCGACUAUGGCGUGCAAGUCCUCGUCAACACCACCACCGUGCGAAACCUCUUCGACUCCCUCAACAUCCCCCUCGCUCCCUAUGCACCUGGCGGCAAGCCCGUACCUGUCGACUUCCGGAACUCUGUCGCUGGGCCCUCAUGGCCCGUUGUUGACGCCAAUGCCUCUGCAGCAGCGCUAGUUAAAUACGAGGCCAUCCUCGCACAAUACCAGGACAACUUCUUCCGCGGCUACAACCUCCCCGACCCCGUCCCUGAAGACCUGCUCUUACCCUGGGGUGAAUUCCUGAGGAAACAUGACCUGGGCGCCCUCGCCUACGAUGGCUUCCUGCAGUUCCAAGGCAUGGGCAACAUCCUCGCCCAGCCCACUUUAUAUGCGAUGAAGCUCUUCAACCCCAUGCAAGUCGCCGCGCGCAAAAACAAAACCAAAGUCGCAGAAGCAAACCACAACAUGCAAGCGCUCUGGGACGCCGCCGAGCAAAAACUCACCUCCGACACCAGCGCCGUGGUGAAAUGCGCUACCAUCGAAUCCAUACCCACACCCCCUCCGGCCCGCAAACCCUCCUGCGCGAAAAAACUCCUCAUCACCGUCCCUCCCAAACUCGCUCUGCUGGACCAAUUUCUCGACCUGACCACCGAAGAAACCGACGUCUUCUCGCGCUUCAACAACAGCUACUACUGGAACGCCGUCGUCUCUAACACGGGCUUCCCUACCGGCGCAUCGCUGUACAACUACGACGCCGCCGCGCCCCUCGGCGUUCCCUCGCUGCCUGGCGCGUACUACUUCAACCCGCAAGUCAGCGACUUGUACUCCGUGCAGUACUCCAGCCCUGCAGAAAUGUCGGACGAGGAGUUCAAAUCCGACGUCCUCGCGUCGGUGGAGAGAAUCCGCAGCGCGCUGAAUUUAGCCGCACCGAAUAGCUCCACCGCUGUUGUAGCGAGCAACAACCACUCACCGUUCGGAUUGACGGUGUCGGUGGACGAGAUUAAGGCCGGGUUUUAUAAGAAGUUUGUGGGAUUGCAGAGCAAGACGAAUACGUUUUGGACGGGGGCGAAUUGGGCAUCGGGAAGUUCGAGCACGAUUUGGGAUUUCUCCGAGGUGGAGAUUUUGCCGAAAAUUCUUGAGAGUUUGGGGUGA